AUGCCUCAAUUGGAUAAAUUCACCUAUUUCACACAAUUUUUCUGGUCAUGCCUUUUCCUCUUUACUUUCUAUAUUGCCAUAUGCAAUGAUCGAGACGGAGUACUUGGGAUCAGCAGAAUUCUAAAACUACGAAACCAACUGCUUUCACACCGGGAGAAUAAGAUCCGGAGCAAGGACCCAAAAAGUUUGGAAGAUAUAUUAAAAAAAGGUUUUAGCACCGGUGUAUCCUAUAUGUACUCCAGUUUAUUCGAAGUAUCCCAAUGGUGUAAGGCCGUCGACUUAUUGGGGAAAAGGAAGAAGAUGACUUUGAUCUCCUGUUUCGGAGAAAUAAGCGGCUCACGAGGAAUGGAAAGAAACAUAUUCUAUUUGAUUUCGAAGUCCUCAUAUAGCACUUCUUCCAAUCCUGGCUGGGGGAUCGCUUGUAGGAAUGACAUAAUGCUAAUCCAUGUUCCACAUGGCCAAGGAAGCAUCGCUUUUUAA